AUGAUCAAGGAGAAGCAACACAUUGAAAAAAAAUCUUCAUCAUCUAGUAGUGAAGGGGGGGACCCUAGUGCUGGUAAUGAUAACCAAAUGAUCAAAACGCCAGAUAAUAAUAGCGGUGAUCUCCAUCACGAUUUAGACAGCAUAAUUCUUAAAAACGAAUCUGAUAUGACAGCUUUAAUUGACAAUACUGGUGGUGAUGUAGCUGAUAGUAAAAGUGGUGUUGGAGGUGGAAGUGCCAGUAGUAACACAUCACCAGGAUCUUCCAACACUGAUCAAAAACAACUAAUGUCAAAUGAUAUUUGUCUUAGUAAAAGUACAUUAUGAGUCAUUUUUUUUAUCUUUAUCAUACUAUAACGUGAUUUUGUUUAUUUAGUUAAACAUGAUGACAAUGGUAAUAAUGGUGGCAUUAAAGUAGAAGAUAACAAUACAACAAGUACAACUACUACUACUAUUGAAUCUGACUUCGGUAAGUUUUCAGAAUUUUAAUUUAUUUAGUUACUAAAAAGUCAACUUUUAGAAUCAUGUGAUCGAGUUGUACUUUCUUCAAUGGGCGGUGGCAGUGGAGGACCUACAGAUUUAAUGGAUGGUCCUGGUGGAGUACAACCGCUGAUGAGCAACAUCUUGGGUAGCAAUCCAACGAGUAACAAACAAUCAAAUACCAGUGGUGGAAAUAUGGAUGCACAACAGCAACAGUACAUGCAACAACAAAGUCAAAUUUUUGUAUUUUCUACUAGCUUAGCAAAUAAAUCUGCAGAAUCUGUAUUGGCUGGUCAAUAUCCUACUAUUAUAGCUUAUCAUUGUGCUCAACCACGAACAAAAAAAUUCUUAGAGGUAUGAAAUUGUUUUUAAAAUUAUUUUAAAUAUAAGUGCAUAGGUUAGUAAUUGAACUUGCAUUAAAAAUAACAAUAUUACUUUUGUGUUACUGUUAUUGAAUAGUUAUUGACAUCCAUUGCUAAUUUUAGUAGGUUGAUUUAAUUUUGAUUGCAAAUACCAAUAAUUUGUUGAAUGUUAUUAUAUUAUUAAAAACUAGUCAAUUAAUAAUCAAUUAAAGCUAGGCAAGUUAUUCAACUUUAGUAAUUGAGUAAGGUACAGUUUUUACUAGUUAUACUAAUCAAAAAUGUACAACUUAAAGUUACUUUUUAAAUUAUUUUUUAAUUGGCUUUUAUUGUAUGGAUACUUAAUUGUUAUAUUAUAAUAUUGUUAAUUUAUAUAAUUCAAAUUAAUUCAAAAAUAUUAAUAAGCCAUCACAUAUUUACAUCGGAUUACUGGUUUUUGGAGGAAUGUUUAAGAUAAUUUUUAUAAAUUGAUCUUAGAAACUAUUUUGCUAUAGUAACAACAUGUUAUUUAAAUGUUAUCACAUUGUAGUAUUAUGUAAAAAUCAAGGUAUAUUGAUAUAUCUUGGUAAAUAAAAAUAUAUUUUUGCUUGCCUCUUAUCUCCUAUUUUUUUAUUUUUGAUCCAUGAUAAAAUUUUCAUUUGAUACACAUUUAAUAGUUUAUGUCAUUGGUUUAGUAUAUGCAAAAACUAUUUUAUUAUUUAUGCAAUUUAUAAUGACAGCCCCUUCACAUGUACAGUUCAAACAACAAUUGAAUCACUAGGAUUUCAAGUCAUUCCGUAUUCACCCUAUAGCCCAGAUUUGGCCCCAUAUAAUUUUUUUUAUUUUUAAGCUUAAAGAAUAUCACAAGGGUAAACAAUUCAAUUCUGAUGAGACAGUUAAAGUUAAAGUUAAACUGAUGGGGUUCAAUGCUCAAACUGUAGAAUUUUUUUAAACUGCAUUUCUAAACUAGUAAAUUGCCUUAAAAGGCAGUUAUGUUGAAAAAUAAGAGUAUGUAAAUAAAGUAAUUUAUUUAUUAUACGUGUAUUUUUAAUUCAUUGUUCUAUGUAUAAUAGUUUUGAGUUACACAUUAAGAGACAUUAUUUACUAGCCCACCCUCAUAGGUACAUACCAAUACCCUCAGGAAAAAUAAUUUUGAGUUGCCAGGUAUCAAUGACAAAAUAAUCAAAACUAACUUGUAACUUUUUUAUUAAAAUAAAAAGUAAUUUACUAAUUUACUCUCAUACACACCAAAGUAACUCGUUAAGUUAAAAGUUACAAAAAAAUUAAAUGAAACUUAUAAGUUAUAAAGUUACAGAUUUUUGUAACUUUGUAACCAGUUACUGCUCAGCUUUGUAACCAACCUAUAUUUAUGUAGCUCCGUAUGUGUAUGGGUUUUGUAUCCAUACAGUAGCGAGAUAUCUGCUUACAAAAUACUUCCAGGCUGUUGCCAUCAUUAUUAAUAAAUAUAAUUAAGUGAUAUGUUAAAAUCCUGUUUUUCUCUUGGGGCAUUGAACUUGAAGAUAAUAAUUAAUACUAAGGUGUGGGUUAAGUAGAGUAGCCCACAUUAUCUUUUUACAAAAUGCUAAUUUAAGCCUAAACUAUAAGCUUUUACAAAUAUACUGAAAUAUAUUUUAUUUUACUCUUAAUGGUGCACUUAAUGAAAUAAAAUAUUUAACAUUUUCUUUACUUUAACUAGAAACAUCCAUUAAAAGUCAACCAGUUCAAUAGACAAAAUCCUGGACAAUGGAUGAAUACUAUGGUUGCAUCUCAACAACAAAUGAAACACCAACAGCAACUUAACAAAGGUAUAGCACCUCAUGGACAGCCAAAAUAUGGUGGAGGUACCCCUUAUUCAAGGGCAAUGAAAAAUAGCAAUAGUCCAUCAGCUGCCUCAAUGGAUAAUUCGAUAAUGCAGCAACAAUCCGGAACAAGAAUGCCUAUGUGGAAUCAUCAUCAGGUACUAAUAUACUAUAAUCUGUUCCUGAUUUAUCUGAAGUAUUUUUUGAAAUUGUUCUAUUGUAUGCGAAUAUGUGAUUUUUAUUAAUUCAUUAUUCUAUUCUUUAUUUAUUCUAAUAUGAUGAUAAUAUGAGGCAAUUUGUAUACCUUAUUUAAGAAUAGGAAUAGUUAGGAUUUUUGAUUGAUAAUUUCAUUAUAUGUUUUUAUGAAAAUAAAAUAAAUGAUUCUUUACAUAAGGUAAAUAAUUGAAUAACAUCAUUAUAUAGGUAACAAUAUUAACAUAAUUACAAACAAAAUGUUAUUUUUUAGAUUCAGUUUUGUGAAUAGAUAAACAAUUUUACUAUAAUGAAACCACAUAUCUACCAAAUUUCUUUAAAUUGGAAUUUAUUUAAUAUUCAGUUAAGUACUAUUUUUGUCUAUUUACAUAUGCAAGAUAUAAAUAUUUAUACAUUAGCCACUAAUAUUUUUUCUAAUUUGGUCUGUAUAAUAUGCACUUGCUGUCUUCAAUUUCUUUAAAGUGACUGAAAUGGGUUUUUAAUACAUUCUAAUAUAACUAUAAGAUAAAACAACACAUUUACAUUUUGACCACAUAAAAUUAGUAAUUUAUUUUUUAAAAUUCAACAUUAUAUAUUUAUAAAAAUAAAAUCUUGCAUUACUAAUAGAUAUUAUAUAGGUUUUAUAAUAGUCAUAGACUAAUCAUAUAAUAUGACCAUUAUAUUAUAAAUUUCAAAUAUCUAGUUCCUUAGUUUAUUUUUUUAUAAACUCAAUAUUCUUUUUCUUUUUUUUAAUUUUUUUUUUGAUGUUAACACUUUCUACCAAAAAGCUUUCUCCAAUUAUCAAGUAUAGUACUUUUUCUGAAAGGAAAUGUUCUUUAGGUGGCACUUUAGAGGUGCAAUUUUUUGAAAUUCUCAUUAAUAUUCGAGAUAAUGAUGAAAACCUAGUUCUGUAGGUUUAAAAAUAUUGAAAGAUUAAAAAUAAAGCUGCCAUUGGCAACCAUUUUUAUUUAUUUAUUUAUUGCUAUUAUUAAGUUUUUAUAUUUUAGUCUUUUUUUAAUCAAUCAUUGUCAUGGAACAGAUUGUUGUAAUCAUUUUGCCAUAAUAUAAAAUAUAUAUUGGUUGACAAAGUAACACUAUCAACUAAACUUUACUUAAAAUCAUUUUUUUCAUUAGCAAUAGUUUGUCAUUACCUACAGAUAUACAUUAAAUUUAUGAGUAUGUCAUUUAUUUAUUUUUUAUGCAUAUCUUUUAUUUUGUAGCAGUUGGUUUAAAUUGAUUUAAAUUAUGUUUUAAUUGUAGGUACAUAGUGUCAUUUACGCUCAUUUUCUCAAUUUCUAGUUAAGGAUAUGCCAAAAGGCAGUACCUAAUUGUUACAUUUUAUUUCUAAAUUUCUUAACUGCCAGCUAGAUCUUAUAGAUUAAAUUUGGAAUAACUUAAUCAGUUAAUCAAUUAAAAUAAAUUGUACUAGCUUGCUCUUACUGGAAGUUAUCAUCUCACUAGAAUAAUUCUUAAAUUAUCAUUAUUGUGAGUGAUGAUGAAAAAAUUAUUAAGUUUAUUAUGUGUAGAAAUUUAAAAUAGAGUAUUCAAAUACAUUUUUUUCCAAUAAAUAAAAUGAAUACCUAAUUAUAGUUAUUUAUUCUUAGUAAUCAAAACAGUAACAACAUUUGAUAUUUUUAUAUUAUGUAUUUACUAUUUUAGUGAAUGAUGAUUUUGUAUUAAAUAUAAUCAUAAUAUAAUAUCAUUACAAGAAUUUUGUUCUUUACAGUAACUCCACUAAAUCUCCUCAGUUGAAUGAAAUUCUAUGUAGAUUUUUUCCCAGGUAAAAAUUUUCUCUGUCCGUGUUCCAGCAUUGAUAGUUUUAUUUUCUAAUAUUGUUGCAUAAACACAACAAUAAAUUAAUUUCAGUGUUUAUGAAAUUACUUUGUCUCUAUCUCAGCCAUACUUUUGAAAUUAACAAAAAAAUUAAAUUAAAUAGUAUCUACUGCACUGUCUAGUAUUCAUCUAAACAAUUAAAUUUAAUAAUUUGGGUUGUUAAAAUAUAUUUGUCAGUAUCAUAAUAUAAAAAUUAUAGAAUCAACGUGUUUUGUUUAACUACUUAUAGUUAGUCUUUCAGAAAUUUAAGCUCAAAUUUAUGUAUAUAUUCAGUGUUAUCUUCAAGAUACUUGACUAUUAGUUAAACUGAAAAUUGAGAAUUUGGACUUUGUGUAUUAUUGGCCUUGGAAUAAUAAUUCUUUAACAAUAUUAGUAGUUUCAUCAUCAUACAUUUCUAUAUUUCAGUGAUGGAUUUAGUUCUUUGUCUGAGGAGAAGGGGGUCGUAAUAUUCUUAAAUAUAUACAUGCCCAUAUAUCAUUAGAAAAAAAGGCAUUGGUAGGCCCUCCUGAUACAUGGAAGUGAGGGUCAUUUAGACAUCAUAAAAGCUGUCCUAAGAUAAUAAGGACGAGUGCAACUACUGCUGUAGGUGGGAAGUAAGUUGGGUUAAUAAAAUACAGAAGGGAAUUUAAUGUAUUUCUAUAAGGAAUGAUAAACCUUAGCUAUGAAAAAAAUGAAUCUGAGCAGAGUUCAGUUGAUAGUGAUGCUUUGUCGAUAAUGUAUAUUUCAUAUUAUGGUAAAAUGAUUAAAUAGACAUUAUAUAUUUUCUUCUUUAAUAUUUGUUUAAUAUUGUACUGAUUUUCCCAGAAAGGUUUUUUUCCCAGGUUUUUAUAUUUAUUGGGAAAACAACUAGAAAAAUUAAAAAUGACCUCCAUUCCCAGUCAAAUUUUCUUUUACAAAUUGCUAUCAUUAUAAGUUAGGGCAAAAUGGCAAAAUGAAUAGUUUUUUUUUUUUUUUUUUUAUAUACGAAUAAUAUACAAUCUGUUCCUAGGAACAAUAAGAAUAUGUGAUAAAUGAGUAAAUAAAAAACAUGAUGAAAUGAAGGGAGGAGUCACCCAGUGGUAACACUACCUUAACUUGAUGGUAAAAUGAAUAGUGACACUACAAAAUUGUCCAAGUGACACAAUUUAUAGUUUUCAAGAAAAUAAAAAAAUAUUUAUUUGUGAUUUUAACAUUUUUGUUUUUUUAGUUGGCAAUGACUUGGUUGGAAUAUGGAAUUUUUCAUUGAAUACUUUUUUUUAGUUUAUAUGCCCUUAGUAUGCAUUGUUAAUUAGCUUUUAUUAUUGUUUAUAUUUCAAACUUUAAAUUAAAAUUGUUUGUUAAAUAAUGGUUACAGCUGUUUUUGCACACAUGCAGUGGACAAAUUAUCUAUUUCUCCAUCCAAUAGUGAAACUGUGUUGCCUUAGACCAUUUUGCCCAAUCUUUUAAAAAUUCUGGUAGUCUGUAAAAAUAUAUUAUUUGUUGGUAGGUUUAUAUGUGAUUUGUUACCUAUAUUGAAUAUUAGUUAUGGAUUUUGAUAACAUAUCAAACAUAAAAUCAGUUUAGUAUGAUCUGAUUUAUAAUUUAUCAUUUUAAUAAUUAUUACAAUUUAAUUUUUCAGGGAAAUCACUUAAAUGAUUCUGGACCUCAGCAACAGCUUCAACAUCCUUCAAAUCAUAAUAUGAUGGGAUCAAUGUGUGGACCUGGUAAUAAUGGUAUAAUGGGAUUGUCAAAUCAUCGUAGUGGGCCAUUGGGCCCUGGAAUGUUGAUGAAUAGCAGUAAUAAUUCAAACUCAUCAAUGAUAGGCGGUCCUGGUUCUAUGAUGAACCAACAAGGUAUUAUUUGAAAUUAUUUUUUGGAUUCAAAUUUUACUGGGGAAGUUUUUUCCAUGUUAUUUAGGAAACAUAUGUUCUAUGGGACCUGGUAGUGGUGGUAUGCCUAUCAAUGAUAUGGAUCUAGAUUUGAUGGAUCAUCAUAACCCACAUCAUCAGCAUCACCCAAAUCCACAUCACCCGUCCAAUAUGAUGGAUAGUAUGCAUAGACCAAUGAUGGGUGGAGGCCCUCAUCAUCCCCAUCAUCCACCUCCACACCAUCCAUCUGGUGCACUUCACCAUAGAGGGCCUGUUGGAAUGGGCAGUGGACCUCCCCAUCACCAUAUUAUGCCAGACAUGAUGAUGAGUGGUGGUCCUAAUAAGUGUCAACCAAAUUCAAUGGAUAAUCUUAUGUCAUCUUCUAGUGGUCCUCUGGUUGUAGUACCAUCAGGUCCGGGUAAUUCUCCAGGAAGUCAAAACUCUUUAGCUGCCAUGAUGCCCUCUCUAGUUGAUUUUGAUGAUCCUAUUGGGAGUGGAAAUUCAUCUUUAGGAGCUGCAGAAGCAGCAGCACACUCAUUAACUGGUACACUAAUAUAAGUUUUAUGAGCAAUAUCUUAUUCAAACACUUAAUAUUAUCUACAAAAACAUUGUGAUGGUAUCCAACAUUGUCAGCCUAUUUAGCAAACAGCAUAACUCCAAAAUAUUGGAAUUUUCUUUUCUUCAUAUCAUUCACUAGAAAAAAAAAUGUACUUGGAUUCGUAUCAUAAUAAUAUUUCAGUAUGCUUUCGUCCAUGAAAUUAGGGAUAAUCGUAAAACAAAAUAAUAUUUAUAAAAACUGGCCUAUCAUCACUUACAAUUUAUCUAUCAAUCUAAUUUAUUUAUCGAUGAUAAAAAUAAACAUUUAUUAUUUUAUAUUAUUUUAAUAACCACGUGCUCAUAUUUUUUCUUUUAUUUAUGAUUCUAAAAUGACAUUAUAAUAUAAUUUAUUAUCUUUUAAAAAAAAUUAAAUUAUUUUGUUUUUAAAAUCAAUAAAAUUGAAUCAAUCUUAACUAUAAAACAAAAAAUUUAGAAGGAACAGACCAAAUAAAACUAAAUAAUCACAUAAAUUUGAUUAUAAUACAGAUAAAAUAUAGACAGCUAAUGAAGUAAUACUAACAAAUAUUUGUUUGUUUUUCUUUUAAUAUAAAAUUUGGUGUUUUGGAGUCGUUUGCUGAAUAGGCUGCCAAUAUGCCAUUAUAUUUUAUAAUAAAAUAAUGUAUUACUUGUGGUGAGGACAAUAGGGUAUAUUAUUUAGAUAUGACUGGGUUGAUGAUUUUUUUAAUGUCUCAUUUGUUUUUUUUUCGGUAUUUUGUUGUGAAGAACUAUUAAUUGUUUUAUCAUCACUUCUUUGAUAUUUGUUUCAAAUAAACUAAUAUAAUGCAUAUAAUGCAUGUUCAAUAGAAGUCUAUCUUCUUAACACAAAAUAUAAUAUAUAUAUAUAUAUAUAUAUAUAUAUAUAUAUAUAUUUAAAUUCUGCUUAAUUAUGUCAGUAAUAUCAAAACAAUAUUUACAAAUUUCGUAGAACUAUGUAUAGUUUUAAAAAACUUAACACUGACUUAAUAAUAAUAGUAAUAAUUAUUAAAUCUACGUUUAAUAUACCAAAACUUAUUUUGUGAUGAAUUUUAAGUGUAAGGUUAAAAAACAAAAAGUUGCUAUAAUGAUAUUUUUUUGAUGAAAAAUGUGAUUCUUACAGCUAGAUAUGGACACAUAGUAAUUAGUUUAUUUACUAAAUAAAUCAUGAAUGUUCAAACAAUAUUAUAUUUUAUUAUUUAUUAUUGUGAAUAUCAUUACAUUGUGUAAUACACUUUUGUGUAUAAUAUUUGAUUUUUUUUAUUUGUCAUUUUUGGUAAUUCAUUUCAAAAUAUUGUAAAAUCAGAAAAAAAAGAAUCAAAAUGAGUAUUUUCCUUGACUAAGACUACCUGUCCAAUCAUCGUGUGAUUUUUCCAAGUUUGGUUUUAUUAAUAUUAUUAUAUUUUUUUGGAUACUGAAUAUAUCAUUAUUAUUAAACUUGACAAUGUCACCUAUAUAAUAUUUGAAUAUAUUUGUUCACUUAACAGUAACCAAACAAUUUUUGAGACAUUUGUUAAAUCACUUUUAGGCAUUAUAGGAUGUAAUAUAUGCACAUUUCAUUAAUAUUGAAAAUUUUAAAAUUAUACUAUUAAUAGAAAUAUUACUCUUAAUUAUUAGUUAGAUUUUGUUGAAUAAUUUAUUCUUACAAUAUUAUACAUCACUGUAUUAAAUUAGAAAAUAUGUGUUCACACCUUUGAACAUAUUGCUUAAAAAUAUUUCUGUGGAAUACUAUAUUGUAUGUUUUUUUUCUCAGGUAUUCAAGUUCCCGAUGAAGAGUUAACACCUCAACAAAAGCAGCAUCGAGAUAAAUCUAGGGCUACACUUCGGAAACUCCAAGAAAUAUUAUUUCCUGAAAAUCCUAAUAAUGACAGAGUAUCCCAACAGCAACCUCCACCAGUUACAUCAUCUUCUUCUGUUGGAGGAGGUCCACUAGAUAACUGUAGUGUGGGUGGUAUGGAUGAUUUAAUGCCUUCGAUUGAUGAUGAUUUGGAUGUAGAUGCUAUUGUAACAACUGCUGCAGCUGUAACAAAUUCUUCAUCUGAUCUCUUAUUGCCACCAAAAACACCAACUUCUUGUUCAUCUGAUUGGCAAAAAUCAAUAUUUAUCAAUGAUGAUGAUAAAAAAAAAGAUGGAAUACGUUGUGGUCCACCACCAUCAUACCAUCAAACAGUUGCUCGAUCUGCUAGUGUACCUAUUGUUUCUGUACCCAGUUGUAGCCCUAAUUCUCCUUUGGCUGGUAGUGGCACAGGAGUACCAAAUAGUAAUUUAUCAUUGCCAUCUCCCCGGACAUGUUCAGCACUAAAUUCUCCAGCUGGAGGCCGUCCUUCUUCAAAUAUGAGUCCUACUGCUGUUAGAUCUCCAGGUGGUAAUGGAUCAAGAUUACAAUCAAGUAAUCCAGGUACACCUGUACACAUGUCACCUGGUAGUGGAACUGGUCAUAAUUCUUGCUCAUCAAUGAAGCUAAAAGGACCUAUGUCUAAUGAAUUUUCACCUUCAUCUAACAUUGCUACUCCUGGUCAGCCUGGGGGUGGUGGUCAACAAUCUCCUGGUAUAUAAUUAAAUUAUUAAACAUAUUAUGUUAUUUUGAAUUAUUUUUCAUAAUUUUCCUUUUAGAUGGAUUAUACUGCCACAAUAAACAACUAUCAAAAAGAGGAGAUGAGCCUAAUUUAAUGCCUGUUCCUUCACCUCAACAUAUACAGUACCUCAACACAUUUGAUGGCCAAGAACUUACCAUUCAAAAACAACCUAAUACAGGUUUAAAAGAUUCAUCAGCUUCAACAACUACGACUACUUCUACAAUGUCACCUUCGUAAGUUGACCUAAAAAAUUACCUAUAUAUUAUAUUCUAAUUUAUUUACAUUCUUAAUUAUUUACACAUCAGUAACUUUUAUAUUUGUAAUCAAAAUAUUUAUAAUAUAUGUUUUCAAAAGUAUUAUCAGUUAAUUAUAAUAUUAUUAAUCCUUUAUGUGUUAGUGGUAAAUAUGAAAGCCAAUUUUUUAUGUGGUCAUUUGUAGAAUUAUUUUCAUUGGUUCAGAUAUUAUCUAGACUAGCAUAUCUGGAUACCACUUGUUAAACUACUGCAAAUGAGCAGAACUAAUUUUUAAGAUUACAUUAAAUUAGAAUAUUGACUUUGUAUCCAACAUUUUUGGCUUAGUUAUUAUUACAAAUUGAUUAUCAGUAACUCUUACAAUUGUAGUUAUUAAGUAUAGAGUAACUACUAUAGUACUCCAUGGUAGUUAAUCUGACACAUUUGAUUACUCUGAUUUAUACCCUAACCAGGCUACUGUCAGAUGUACUGUCACACCAAAAAACAUUUAGUUUUUAACAUUUAAUACAAUUUUGUUAUUUUGAAUUUGAGUAAUUAAAAAGAAUAGGAAUUUUUACAGACUAUUUUUCAAGUAAAACCAAAAGCUUACCAAUAUAAAUAAAAAUUUAAAAAAAUGUGUAUAGUUCCUAGUAUAGUGUGCUUUGUUAUACAUAAAGUGUACAAGUAUCAAAAUAUAAUUAUAAAUUAGCAUACUGUUAAAAACAGUAUUAAUGUUUUAGAACUUAAAAAUAACAAAAUCUAGAUUAAAUCAACCUUGAACUUUGAAUCCUUUUGAAAUUUAAAAAAAAAAUAACUUACAUUGAGGAUUGGUGCGACACUAUUGUAGGUUGGUUGUUUGGAAGGUAGGAUAUAGAGGUGAAUUUAAUGUUUAUUUAUGUGCAGUGAUUAUUGUUGCUAAUAAAAAAAUAUUCUGAGCAGAUUUUCUUCAACAUUUUAUAAUAACUUAUAUUAAAAAAAAAUUACAUUACACUCAACUUUUUUUUGAUGAUCAUUAAUUAUUACUUAUAAUGAACCUCCUAGUCAGUCAAAUUCCCAAGCAUUUUUGUUUAUAUUCUUAACAAUUUUUUCCAUAGAAAACAUCAACAGAAAUCGCUUAAAAUAUUUUAUUUUUAACUGUGUAUAAAUAGCUCAAAAAUGGUUUAAAUGUUUUGAAAAUUUUACCACAUUUAGAAAAAGUAAAUUUAAGUUUUCUCUCAGAAUUUCAAGCCUUUAUGAAUAUUUUUAACUAUAUUACAACAAAUAAACAAAAUAACAAAUUACAAAAGCAUUAUUUUUAUAAAUUUUUCAUGUCUUUCAGUUUUGCUCAAUUAUUAAAAAAAUUAUAAGGGAAAUUCAAAAUCAACUUUUUUAUUCACUUACUAGAUUAAGAAUGUUACAAAACCUAAUACUUAACAUAUAAUUUUAUUACUGGUUUUUCCCAGUUAUUUUAUUGAAAACCAUCAAAAAAUCAAAAAACUACAAUAAUAAAAUAAAUAACAAAAUAUAAUCCCACCUUUUUUAGUACAAAACAUUAUUGCUUAGGUUAUUUUUUUUAUUAAUAUAUUAUUUUGCAAAACUAUUAACCUUAAAAAAUAUUAUAUUUUAUAGUAUUAAAUACUACAGACUUACCCAAUUUCAAUGAUUGAAAAAUGUUAUUUCAUUUAAAACUACAGUAAUAUAUUUUUUUCUUGUAUGAAUAACUAAUGUAAAAUAGAGAAACUUAUUAUCAAUUGUAAAUAAUUUAUUCAAAAUAACUAUAUUUAAAUUGACUACUUUCUUAAAUGGUUUCAGAAAACAAAUGUUUGUUGAUUAUAUGAAAAUAUCUUGGAUUUGGAAAUUUUCACAACUUUUUACAAUCAUUUAUACUUAUAAAAUCUAGUUCUGAUAAUAAUAAUUACCAAACAUAACUAAUAAAAUAAUUAAUUUUACCCAUUUUUAUAUUGAUAAUUUAGUGGCUCCAUUUAUGCUACCAGUGUCUUAUUAUUUAUUAAAUUUUAAUGUUAUGUCUGCAUGUUAAAAGGUUAACCUGGUUGUACAUUUUUUUUUUUACACUUUAAAAAUUGUGCACAUCAAGAAAUUCAGUACUUUUUGUUUGUGAAUUUGAAUAGGUGCCAUUAUUAUAUAUUUUAUUUCAAACCAAAUAAUUUGUUAGACUAUACCAAUGAAAUAGACUAACUAUAUUAUAUAUUAUCAUUUUUUUUAAUUGAAAACAAUAUGAAUAUAUUUUAACCUGUUUAUUAUUGUAUGUACAAUAAUAAGCCUCAAUUUAAAUUUAAAUUAAUUUUGAUCUUGGCAAAAUACCAUCUUAAAUAUGUGUUUAUCUAUCUACUUCAAAAAUACUUUAAUCAUAGUUUUAAGAAAUAAUGAUAAUAGAAAACACAAAUGUUUCAUUAAAAAUAUUAUAAUAAACCAUUUAAUACUACAUAUAAAAUAAUUCAAAUGUGCUCUGUGCCUCUACACAAAAUUAUGCCCAAUUGUUGUAUUUUUGAAUAUAAAUUAUUCCAUUUAAAUAAUAACUGUAAGAAAAACUAAUUGAAUAAAAACUAUUCAUCCAAUAGAAAUUAUUGAAUAUAGGUCAACUAUUGGAAUAGACACUAUUGAAUAGUGCCCAUCACUAGUUAAAAUAUUAUCUAUUAUAAAAACAUAAUAUAAUUUAUAAUAUAAUAAUUAUAUAAUUGUUCUAGAGUACCUUCAUCCCAAAAUAAUUUGGAUAUAAUAAUGACUGAUUCGAAUAUGAAAUCUUCACAAGGAAACACACCUUCUAAUCAUCAUUCUCCUUCAUCUAUGGAUAUGCAAGUUGGUAAUCGUUACCCCAGUACUCCUAGUGACUUUGCAUCACCUAGUCCAUCAGCAAUGGAAAGUAACAAUGGUCCUUCUAAGCAGGGUAAUAUGCAACAAAUAAGAAAUGGUGUUUACACAUGUCCACCUAGUCCACAACAACAAAUGAUGAAUGACUCACGAUAUCCUGGGAGUUAUGGAAGUGGACCACAACAACAUAAGCCUGGUGGUAUGAUGAUUGAUCCUAAAGAUUCACCUUUAGGGUUCCCAUCAAGACUUGGCCCUGGUGAUAUGCCUUUAAACCCAUCUUCAGCUGCUGCAGCUGCUGCUGCUGCUGGUAUGCAAACGUCACAGCAACAGCCAAUGAAACAUUUUGAUCCCAUAUCAAGUUUGGCUCAAAUGAAUCAACAGUUAGCUAACAAUGUAGCUGGAGGAGGAUCAUCUCCAAUUGUUAACCAUGGUAGUGGAGUACCUCCUUUACAUCACCAUGGCGGUGGAAUGAUGUCACCUUAUGGUGGAGGGAAUGGUCCACCAAUACAUAUGAUGGGCAACAAUAAUGAUCCCAUGUGUGGUCCAAUGGGAUUGGGCAGUGGUGGAAUGCACGAUGGUGGUAUAAGUGGCCCUCCUGGUAGUGGAAGUCGUAUGAUAUAUGGGCCGGGACCAGGAUUAGGACAAGGACCCUCAGGACCUAAUGGGAGUGGCAUGUCUAUAGGACCAGGAAGUGGAAUGUCAAUGGGAAUGCCUCCAAUAGGUGGUCGAAAUAGUAGUAUGAUGAUGCAGAACUGUGGCGGUCCCAUGUCUCCAAAAUCAUCAUCAAUAAUGCAACAACAACAAUAUCAGCAACAACAACAACAAAGACUUAUGCCUAGAAUACCAACUGGAAGUGGUCCUGGUGUACCAUAUAAUGGCGGUGCCAAUAUACAAGUUAAGCCUAGUGCACCAAACACUAUACAAUAUUUGCCCAACAAUUCUAGAAGUGGUGGUCCUAGAGGAGCACCACCUGCAUCUCAAAAUCAACAACAGCAACAGCAACCUGGGUUAGAUUUUUUGCAAAGGUUUUCAGGUGGACCUGGUAGUGGUGGAAACCCAUUAUCUAAUAUGGAUGGUGGUGGUAAAGUAUCUUCUCACAAUUUACAGUAUUUUGCAAAUUCAGGAGGCAGUGGUGGUUACAAUAACAGUAAUGGAGGCCCUGGAAUGAACGAUAUGAUGUGUGGUAAUGGUGGUCCUCCUGGUGGUGGUAUGGGUGGCAUACCUCCUGGGGGACCGAAUAAUAGUCGAGGAAUGAUGCGUGGUGGCCCUGGCAGUAUGAUACGACUAGGGGGUGGCAACAAUGGAAUGGGUAUGGUAAGUAGUAACUACAAUGGAGGACCUGAUAGUAUGUUUGGUGGUGGUGGAGGAGGGCCUCCCCUUCACCAUCCAUCAAGUCAUUCCCAACAACAGCAAAUGAUGAUGAUGGGUGGAGGUUCAGGUGGACCACCACCCCAACAACAUAAAGGGGGAGGAAUGAUGGGAGGUCCAGGUCCUCCAGAUGCCACACAACCCUUACCACCAUCUAUGGGUGGUGGAGGUGGUCCUGGUCCAGGUGGUGGUCCUGUAGGAUUCAGAGGUGGUCCACCAGCAGCAAAUUCAUUUAUUGGUCCAACCACAGCUGAUCCAAAUUAUGCACAACAAUUUCAUAAUUUCCAACAACAGUUAUAUGCCACUAAUACCCGUGGUGCUGGUGGUGGCGGGGGUCCAUCAGGACCUGGAGGCGGACCCCAACAAUUUUUUGUGUCCAAGUAA